AAACAUGGGAAUGAUCGAGAACUUUCUGAUUACAUAUAUAUAUAUGAUUACAUUUUUUAGAUCUAUUUGCUGUAUAUAAUCUGUGAUGGCUCUGUAGUCUUUAUUUACGGAAGUCGGCGAGGGUUUAAACGCUAUUUGUGGAGAGCAGCUCGCGUUUCAUGGGCAUCACUGCAACGCCAUGACGCAUCUCACACUCUUCUCCUGCUGCAACUCAAUAAAAUAUGAAUCACCAGAUCGCCGGCGAGGUGACGCCGCUUUGGGCGCAAAUGCCAUUUAAAUAGUCAGGGGAAAGGGGGUGUGGCGCUAAACCGUCGCCCAUUCACCAAAACAACACACGCCCAGAUCUCGUACAGUUCGGUCUCUGCAGGGUUUGUGUGUGCUCGGACUCUCGGUGGAGGUGCACAGGCCGGUCCAUCCUUAGCUGCUGCAGGUCGAGGCAGAUUCCUCCUCGCGUUACGCACAUCCAGAGCCUAUAGAUGUGGAGCCCGAGAACAGCAGUGGCCUGCACAGGAGAGAAGAUGCGACAGCGACGGACCAUGGUCCAUGGUUGAGCUGUGUGUGACAGAGAGGAUAUUGAAUGCCUCUAAAAACCUCAAGGCUGUGAGCCCUGUGCAGGGUGGUGAUGAGCAGUCAGGGCAGCAGCAGCAGGGGAAGUGGCCAGCAUUCUGGCACUCCUCCCCCUCGCCAUGUCCCUGGACCCAAGCUGCAGGUGCAGCGCUCUGUCUCUCGUGACACCAUCACCAUCCACUUCUCUGCUCUGGGAAAGGAGGAAGAUGAUGAAGAGGAGGAGCUUUAUGGGGCACAGGUUGGAGCUACAUCUGAGCUGGAAGGGGCUGAGGAGCUGCAAGGACAAGACACCUCUGGAGCCGACAACCAGUCGGUUACCACGGGAUUGGAGGCAAAAGAGGAGCUGCUGUUUGAAUCCGCUGGCAUGGACGCAUUAUCUGGAGCUACUGUGCUCGCUGUUUCUUCGCCCACCCUGUCUGUGCAGCCCUCAGACCCUCACCCACACACACCCUCUGCAGCCAUGACUAUUAUCACCAACUCCACCCUCUCCCACCUGAGCUCCACACCACCUACCAGCUCCUCCUGGCCCUCUGACAGACCCACAGCUAAUUCUCCAGCCACAACCUCCAGCUCCUUUUCCCCUUGUAAGUCUGCAGCGCUGUCAUCCUCCAAACCUUUUCUCAGCCUCGUCAGGUCUUUGUCCAAUGACAUGGAGUCACGAGAAUCCACCUCUGCGCCUACCACUGUUACACCAUCCCACGCACGGCACCGACACUUAAUGAAAUCUUUCGUUAAGUCUCUGUCCACGGACACUUCGAAGGCUGAACAUCAAGAUGGGCCUCCUCAUCCCUAUCUUCAUCAGCAACUGCAGCAAACACAGCCAUCCCAUAGACCUCCACCUCGCAACAUGCAGCUCUUCAAGCAGUUCUCCCAGCCUCGUUUAUCCUCCAGCCCUGUCAUUGUCACUCAAACAGGUGGCAACUCCAAAACGGCCCCUUGUUCCCCAAUCAUGUCCCCAGAUGGUAGGUCGUUCUUCAAAGUCCAAGAGGUGGAGGCCAAGAUAGAAGACACCAGGCGGCGGCUGUCUGAGGUGAUGUCUGACCCGCUGCAGCUUUUCAGUAAGAUCAUAGGGGAUGAGUCUGGUAUAGCAGCCGGCGGAAGUGCCACUCAACGAGCCAAAUUUCUGUCCUCCAGCGCGUCAGAGCUCAGCGGAGCAGCAGCCGUAAAUGGACACGUAGAAGGUAGCAGCAACUACAGCAUCAAGGAGGAGGAAGGGACAGAAGGUGAAGAAGAGGAACAAACACCCACAGGCAAAGGCUCAGACUCUGUUUUUUUCUCCUUCCCAUCACUGACACCAGCUCCAACCCUCCCUCAGGCCUCCUCAUCCACUCUCCACAAGUCUCCUUCGCUCACUCUGGGCCACUGCUCGAUGUCAGCUCUGGUAGCUCGACAGGAAGAUGAGGACUUCUGUGAACUGUACAGUGAAGACUUUGAGUUAUGUACUGAUACCGAGACACCAGAUGGGGAUCAUCCUGGGUCUCGGCAGCCACAUACUGGUAGCACUGGUUUAUGCAGUGAACUUGAUGCGGAGGAGGAGAAAGUGGAGGAGGAGGAGGUGGACAGUGCGCCAGUGACUGGCCUCAUCUUCUUAACACAGUUGGUGUACUGGUACUUAGUCCUUCCAGUGCCACCCUGUGCAUGUGCAGUGGUGCAUGGUAUAGCAGUAGGGUUCAUGCUGGCCUUGUUGGUCCUUUGGCUGUCCUCUCCACGGCGCUCCUUAUCAGGCUCAAGAAGAAAAAGAGGAAGGAUAGGGCACUGGAAUGUUGCCCAAUUGGAUAUAAAAGAACCAGGAAUAUUCAAGGGCUGGAUGAAUGAGAUCCACUGCUAUGACCCGGAGAUGUACCAUGCCACCCUGACCCACUCUGUUUACGUCCGUCUAGAGGGCUCCAUCUUGCGUCUGUCCAAGCCCAACCGGAACAUCUCCCGCCGUGCUACACACAACGAGCCUAAACCUGAUGUCACCUACAUCAGCCAGAAGAUCUAUGACUUGACCAACAGCAAGAUCUACCUAAUGCCCCAGAGCUUGGCUAGGAAGAGGGUUUGGAAUAAAAAGUACCCCAUUUGCAUUGAGUUGGCCAAGCAGGAAGACUUCAUGUCCAAGGCCCAGGGCGAGAAGCCUGAAGCUGGGGAGGACAAAUUAACAGGGCCGGGGGAGAAGCUAGAACGAACAGACAAAGUGGAGAAAGCUGAAGGAUCAGAAUCAGCAGAUGAGUCCAAAAGACCAGCUUCUGGAGGAGGGGAUCUUACAAUCUACCUGUUUGGAAGGACGGGUCGAGAAAAGGAAGAGUGGUUCCGGAGAUUUCUCUUUGCAUCCAGAAUGAGGACGGAUGGGAGAGGUGGCAGUCUGUCUGGCAUCUGCAAGAGUGCCUUCCUAUCGUCCUACAGCCGCAGUAGCAGCACCCAGUCUGGUGGAGGCCUGGAGGCUGACAGCAGGAGCAGCAGCCGGGGAAGUUUAGAGGAGCUCGCGCAGUUGCGUCACAGAGAGACCUCCUCGUUUCUGUCCUGUGGCUCCACUGUAGGGAUGAAGCAGAAGAUGCUGUUGGAUUAUAGUGUUUAUAUGGCCAAAUAUGUCAACCCAGAAGCACCACAUGAAAGUCCAGCUGCCACUGACAGUCCUGAAAACAGCCCCGUGAGCAGCCCCAAAACUACCAAAAAGUUGCGCAGGAGUUCAGAGGAGACCGAGGAGCCUGAAGCGUGGGUCAAUGCUUUUCUGGGAAGGAUAUUUUGGGACUUCCUGGGAGAGAAGUAUUGGGCCGAUGUAGUCUCCAAAAAGAUCCAAAUGAAGCUUAGUAAAAUCAGGCUACCAUAUGUUAUGAAUGAGCUGACUUUGACAGAGCUAGAUAUGGGUUUUUCCAUCCCUAAGAUUCUCCAUGCCUCUAAACCCUCUGUGGAUCACCAAGGCCUGUGGUUUGAUCUGGAGGUCACAUACACGGGAUCCUUCCUCAUGACACUAGAGACUAAGAUGAACCUGGCCCGUUUGGGGAAGGAGGGCGAGGGACUUGGGGAGCAUGGGAAAGAAUGGCCCAGGCCACGGACUUACUGCCUGGCAGACAGUGACGAGGAGUCAUCUAGUGCUGGCUCAUCGGAUGAGGAGGAUUCCCAAGAACCCUUUGGUGAAAAACCUCUUCUGCCCGGAGCAGAGGGCUAUGUGGGAGGCCACAGGCCCAGCAAGAUCAUGCGCUUUGUGGACAAGAUAGCCAAGUCAAAGUACUUCCAGAAAGCCACAGAGACGGAGUUCAUCAAGAAGAAGAUGGAGGAGGUGUCCAACACGCCGCUGCUGCUCACCGUGGAGGUGCAAGAGUGUCGUGGGACGCUUGCUGUCAACAUCCCACCUCCCCCCACAGACAGGAUAUGGUAUGGUUUCCGAAGUCCGCCUCACCUGGAGCUGAAAGCACGGCCUAAACUGGGUGAGAGAGAGGUCACUCUAGUGCAUGUGACUGAAUGGAUUGAGAAGAAGCUGGAUCAGGAGUUCCAGAAAAUAUUUGUGAUGCCAAAUAUGGACGACAUAUGGCUCCCUAUAAUGCACUCUGCCAUGGACACGCGUUCAAAUGCCAACUUGGUUACUGUGACAAAUGAUGCCUUGAAGGACCCAGAACCAGAGGAGUCUGAGGUCUCCGACAUGUGAAGACUGCUGGCCAAAGUGUACACUGAUGGGACAUUUUAUCACCAUGGCAAUAUGACAAGUUCCCACCCGCUCAGACACCACACGAGCAGCAGUGGGCCAGGUCCGCUCACCAAUGUUUUUACCCAUUCCCUGGUCCUAUUGUUGCACCAGUCAUUAAAUGCACUCACACAACUGGAA